UGACAAGCGAGGCAGUGGCGGGCCAGGAGAUGGAGUAUCCGUAUGAGUAUGGGGCGGGUCGAGUACGCUUUUUCCCUCUCUAAAACCCCAACAACACGUUUCUUGUUUUUGGAAGUCGAACCCCACUCUCUGCAACAGCAUCGACUUUUCAAAAUCCACAGAAUCAUUCGUACAUCUUUCCCCAUUUUCCUUUGCAUUGGUAAACUUAUUCUCAUAUCUUCCAACGAAAUUGUUCAUCACUCGGUUAUUAAUUACUUAAUCAGUCUACUAAUUAAUCUCGUCGGAAAACAAGAGGAAGAGUUAUUUCAUAUUAGGAAAGUGUAAAAUGGCAGGAGAAGGUUCAUCGAAGAAGGAAACUGUCAAUCCUAAGGCUAUUAUACACCAAAGAUUCGGGGAUAAGGCGCGUUACAAUAUAGAAGAAGUUCAAGAUAAUUCAUCAAAUGGAUGUCCUGGACUGGUGAUUCCGCAAAAAGGUCCGUGCUUAUACCGUUGCAACUUGGAACUUCCUGAAUUUAGUAUUGUGUCGGAUGUUUUCAAGAGAAAGAAAGAUGCAAUGCAAUCUGCUGCAGAAAAAGCCCUAGAGAAGUUAAGUGAUCCUCCUGUUGAAGAUGCAUCAGAUCAAUUGGUUAGCCGGCUGUCCUAUUUAUUCUCAAACGAGUUCUAUUCCAUAUGUCAUCCACUGAGUGGUCACAUUCGAGCCGCUUUGCAGAGAGCGGGCUCCCUUAACGGUUUCGUCCCCAUUUCAGUGAUGCCCAUUUUCGAUUCAAAGAUAUCUAAUCUGUGUAAGAGCAUAAAGCCUGAAACUGACUCAAAACCUUUGGAAGUAAUGUCAAUAAUUAGGGAUGCUUCCACAAGGUUAUCUGAACCUGUACUUGUUUCUAACGAGUUUAUGUCGUUGAAAAGAACAACUCCGUACCCUCCUGAAGUCUUGGAAUCUAUAGAAGUUGACUUUGAUCAAAAGACUUAUGUUAAUGUUCUUCGUAUACCGUAUUUGGUUGAAAAGGUUGUUGAGCCUUUGACGCUAGAUGUUUCUGCAAAUACGUAUUACAUGGAUGCCAUCGCUAGAGAACUUGGAGCUGCAGACGCUUCUAUGGUUUCGCUCUCCAGGUGCAUUGGAAAAUCUUCUUCAGAAACAAGGUUGUAUUCACAUGCUCCUAACUCAUACAAGUGGAAUAAAGAAGACUUUGAAGACAAAUCGUAUUUAAACGCAAGGGCAAGUUAUUUAUCCGGUCAGGAUGUCUACGGGGAUGCGAUUUUGGCUACUAUCGGAUACUUGUGGAAGUCUUGUGAUCUUUUCCUUGAAGACGUAUAUCCCCGCACAUAUUAUAGGUUACUUAUGAAUAAGGUACCCACUGGUAUAUAUAAGCUAUCACGUGAAGCAGUACUCGCAGCUGAAUUGCCGCCAAAGUUCGGGACCCGUAGUAAUUGGCGAGGUUUAUUUCCACGGGAUAUCCUCUGUACGUUCUGCCGCCAGCACCGAUUACCCGAACCGGUUUUCUCUUUGAUUGUUACUAAGGAUGCGCCCGAAGAAACUUCUAGAUGUGAAGUGAAAAUAUUCUCAAAGAGUCAGAAUUUGAUUUUACAUUGUUACCCUCGAGAGUCGUUCAAGAAACAAAGUGAUGCGAUCCAGAACGCUUGUUCAAGAAUUCUUUCGUUGUUGAAUGAUUACUUCAAGAAACUAAAUAUGCCUCGAGAGGGUUUGACUUUGACUCCAUGUAGAAAUGGUCUUGAUCUUGACUUUUAUCCUGAACAUAUCUCCAAAGAGUUGAAUCUUUUUUCAUUGGUGUGUAAAAACUUAUUAGCAAUUGAUGACGACACAAAGCAAUCAAAUGGUGUGGAUGACAUACCAUCGUAUAAUAUACAAGGUCCGGACUCCGAAGUUUUUGCAUCAAACGGGUGUAUAGUGUGUGUAUGCUACAGUGCGUUUUUGGUCAACGAAGGAGAGAAAGAACUUCUCGAGAAAAACGAUGAGUUUGAAUUUGAGUUGGGAACUGAAGCGGUUAUCCCUGAGUUAGAAGUAGUUGUGGGCCAGAUGGGUGUGGGUCAAUCGGCCCGCUUUAAAGCGAAGUUGCCUUCUCUAGAGUUGAUUUUUGCCGCCAACGGUGAUCCUGCACGGGUUUCGUCUUUACUUUCAUCACGCGGGUGCAGCCUGGAAUAUUCAACAACUUUGCUGCGGGUUACCGAACCCUUGGAAGAUAGAAUGGAAAAAGCUCUGUUUAGUCCUUCAUUAUCAAAACAACGUGUUAAUUAUGCAGUGCAACACAUUAAAGAAUCCGGUGCUACUUUCUUGGUUGACUUCGGUUGUGGCUCUGGAAGCUUAUUGGACUCGUUAUUGGAUUAUCCAACAUCACUUGAAAGUAUUAUUGGUGUUGACAUAUCAGUAAAAGCCCUGGCUCGUGCAGCAAAGACCCUUCAUUCCAAGCUAAGCACCAAUUCCACCAAUCCAGUGCAGAGUAGUCGUCUUAAAUCUGCUCUUCUUUUGGAUGGUUCGAUCACAACAUUUGAUUCUCGAUUGUACGAUUGUGAUAUUGGAACCUGUUUAGAGGUGAUUGAGCACAUGCCUGAAGAUCAAGCAACUCAAUUCGGCAAUGUGGUAUUAAGCUCCUUUUGUCCAAAAAUUCUUAUCGUGUCAACUCCAAACUACGAGUACAACGUAAUACUUCAGAAAUCAACCACUCAAACCCAAGAAGACGACGAAGACAAAAAUUCAGCCAAACCGUGCAAGUUUCGCAACUUUGACCACAAAUUUGAGUGGACCCGAGAGCAGUUCCAAGUAUGGGCAUCUGAUCUUGCGGGAAAACACAAUUACAGUGUUGGAUUUAGUGGGGUUGGUGGGGCUGAAGGUGUGGAACCUGGGUUUGCGUCGCAGAUUGCGGUUUUUAAGCGGGGUUUUGAGCUUACGGAGGGCGGAGAUUUGGCGGUUGUGCCAUAUGAUGUUGUAUGGGACUGGAGAAGCACUGACGAAUGAAAUUUUAAUGGUGUUUUACUUUGAAUUGUGUUAACUAACCACUGCCUUUUGAAGUCCAGUGAGAAUUUGAAAGAUUUGGGUGUCAAAUGGUGGUUUAGGUAGUUAUAGUUAUUGCUGAACAUCCAAUGGGUUGGUGUUUGUUGACUUGGAGUGAUCACUGAAUCCUAAUGCUGCUUGCUAUUAGUUGCUACUUACUAGUGACUAGUGUAGUAUUAUAAAUUAUAAAACUAUAAAUUAUAAUAACAACAUGUUUAUGUU